AGUUGUGUCACAGCCGUCUGUCUAGCCGAAACUUAAAUGAAACUUUUACAGAUCUCCCUUUUGCUGAGCUUGCUGUCUCUGGCAUUUGUGCCACAAUCCAGUGCUUAUAAUUGGGACAAGUUCUUGAACUGUUCUAGACAGGGCGCCAAGGCUGCUGCCAGUCUUCUCCGGGAAGCUAUCCCAGCACUUCGGACUCUAUUGAUUUGCGUCGAUUAUACACCACCCUCGAACUACAGAGGAUCCUUCUUGAGUCGCAUGAAAGUCACCUAUGAAAUACUGCGACUAUCCGCCUUCGAGAAGUCCAACUGCCUAAUUGAUCCAUUGAUGGGCGCUGCCAAUAUCUUGAAGCCAUAUGUCCAGCAGGUCGAUAGCCUCAAAUGCCUAGAUGAAUAAAUGAUAAAUGUAAAUCUUAAAAUAAAGCUUAAAGCAUUCA